AUGCCAUCAGUGCACGCGCGGGCCGCGUCCGUCGCGCACGCCCGCGCCACGGGUCCCGCGGGGCUCCGCUCGCGCGUCGUCGCGCGGGCCGAGGACGGUUUCUGCCGGGACAAGAUUUCGGACCGGAAGGAGGUCCAGGGGACGGGCAAGACCUACAAGGUGACCUUUCUCGCCGGAGAGGGCGACUCUCGCACCGUCGACUGCCCCGACAACACCUACAUCCUCGACAUUGCGGAGGAAAACGGGAUCGAGCUGCCCGCGACGUGCCGAGGGGGCAUCUGCGGCGCCUGCGUGGGCCGCCUGGCCUCGGGCGGGGUGGACCAGUCGGACAUCGACGACCUGUCGUUCGUGCUGACGGAGGAGGAGCAGGCGCAGGGCAUGACGCUGCUGUGCAUGGCGCGUCCGACGUCGGACUGCGAGAUCGAGACGCAGUGCGACUGGGGGUACUCGCUGGGGGUCAAGGAGUGGGAGGGCGCGACGGGGAAGUUCGAGGGGACGGUGGACCCGCUCAUGGGGAAGCAGUGGGACGACAACGCCAAGUUCAAGAAGGAGGCGUAG